UUUCUAGCACCAGCUACCGAUAACAAUCUGUUUCGAUAGCUUGCUGGAGAUGUGCGAUAUCAAGUAACCGCUUACCAGAGUAUCGCUCCACUCGAUGCAACAGACGAAUUGUCAACGAUUUCCUUAAACUGCACGACGGACAAGAAAAAGUUGAGGCGCAUAUUUCUGAAAGAGGAAAAUUGUUUCAAUUCUAAUAGUAGCAGUAAUUGAGUCAUCGACGUACAGCUUAGAACGUCAACUAGAUGAACGAGCUUGACAAUUUCUUCAAUAUAUGUGGACCACGCAUUGCUCGUAAAAGUUUCAAUUUUCCACAUGCAAUGCAGAAAACAUAUUAUUUUAAGGACGAUGAAGCCUACACCGAGGAUCACAUUCUGGUGAAAAAGCUUUAUAUCAUCAGUGUAGCUGCAGCAAUAUCGUCCAAAAACUUGAGAGAUUAUUUCACCACUUUCGGAGCCGUGAAGCACUUGGAGCUGGUCACCCACUCAGCCAGUGCUUCCGGCUCCAAAGCGGCCGCUGAGAAGCUCAAAAACAAAAGCGCUUUUGUUCUCUUUGACGAUGCACGCAGUGCUGCCAAGACCUUGCGUCGCAAGGUUCACUAUGUGAAGAACGUUCGACUUUUGGUGGUGCCCAGCGAUAGCUGGCAUCAGCCGGACGCCUAUGACAUUCCAUUGGCAGGCGAUGAUGAGCCGGCGGCUGCUAUAAUGAAGCUGAAUGAUCAUUGCUUGGAUCACAUAUUCCGCAUGUUGCCGCUGAGCGAUCGCAUUCAUUUUGCACGCACCUGUACUCGCUUCCGGGAGAUAUAUAAGCAGGCAGCACCAGCACUGGACAAGUCUAUGAAAUUUGAGGAGUUCUCUGAUUUGACCAUGUGGGAUGUUCGUGACUUUUUCUUGUUGUCCGGCCGCCAUGUUAAGGACAUCGAUGGUGUUAUACCGCAGCGUCAUCUCAAGCGUCUGGCCGAAUUUCUGGGCAACAACUGCAUCAACUUGACUACCUUAAAAAUCUCGGUCAACAAGUUGAGUCUGAACAUCAUGGAGAAGAUGUUCGCCAAGCUAAAUAAGCUACAGACUCUACAAUUACGCGGUUGCGAUAUAAGAAAUGAGACGCUGCUCGCGCUGAAGCAUUUGCCAAUGCUCAAGAAUCUGGAUCUGUCCAACAAUGAGAAAUUGACUGGUCAGAAUAUGAAUCGCUUGCCAACCACCAUUGAAUCUCUCACUUUGACCAGCUGCACAAGCUUGCAGGUGAAGAUGUUGAGCAGGGCUUUGAAGUCCUUGAAGCAUCUGAAGGAGCUACACAUUAAGGGCAUUUAUUCGAUUGGCCCGGCUUUCAAGCAGUUGGUCGAGAGUCAGCGCUACCACACGCUGGAAACGAUGACAGUCAGCACCGGUUUCGGGUUUGGUAUGGGCAACCAGUACGAGCACAUUGCCAAGCUGCCACGCCUCAAGAAGGUGAUUGUGUACAGCCACCAGGACGACUGCACUCUGCGUCCGGAGCUGUUGACAUGGCUCGUGGAGCACAAAGCGAAGCAACUAGAGCACUUUGAGGGGCGUGGUCAGAACUGUUUGAAUGCCACGAUGCUGGCACAGUUGAGCAAGCUAGUCGCAUUGCGUACGCUCAUUAUACCAGCAAAUGAUGCUAUCGGACCUCGCGAAAUGGAGGCUUUUUGCGCCCUGCAGCAGUUGGAGGAGAUCAAUCUGAAGUAUUGCGUUAAUAUAACCGAUCAUGCUGUGCUCCUGCUGAUACUCUCCUGCCCCAAGUUGCGCGUCUUGCAUCUGGAGAAUUGCCCACAGCUCUCUGAAAAGCUCAUAUCUGAUAUAAUAUUUAAGGUGCGCUUGCAAAUACGACAGAAGGAAACUGAACGUCCGUUGCCCAUCAAAAUCGGCUUGUACGGCUGCAAAAUGGACGAGCCGUUCCUGGAUGGCGUACAGCAGACUGCGAAGGACAUCCUCGAGGUCUCGUACAAUCCGGCCAAAACCGCAGAUUUCUGCUUCUUUGACCUGUCAGAACUGUUGGUCUUUGAUGACGAUGUGUACUUCAGAUCGGACGACAUCUAUGAUAUAGUCUCCGAUAAUGACUUUGAGUACUACGAAGAGUUCGAUAAUGAUGAAGAUGAUUAUGAUGACUACGAUGGGUUCGAUGUUGGUUACGAUAUCGAUGAAAUGGAUAUAUCAGACGUGGAAGAUUACUGGGAUUAAUAUACGAGGUGCUGUUAUUUGUGAAUUCGUUCACAUUUUUAUUUGCCAAAAUAAAAUACGACUUGUAUUUGCCAAAAUAUGAAUUCGGCUGACUAUAUAACUAAAUAGAGAAAUGGUUAUGUGCCAUUAAAACAACUGUU